GGCGAGAAGGCCCAUUUGGCCCAUGCUCCGACUGGCUCUUCAACUUCCGGAGUGUUCUCCUCUAGAAUCUUGCUAGGCAAAUGGCAAUGCUACCCCUCAAACUCUUCACCAGAUAAAGCUCCGGUGGCAGGGGAGUUAGUUCUCCAUUUUUUCCGGCGCAGAUAGCUCACUCUUCACCAUUAUUUUCAAGCAAAAUUGUGAAAGAAGCUUUUACCUGUAACCUUUUUUGAAGUGAAGUGCUUUGGAGUUCAGACUCCUUUUGACAACACACAAUGAAGCAAAGGGAACCCUGUAAUGAGCCCUCCAAGAUUGAAGUGGACCUUGACAGGAUCAGCAACUUACCGGCACAGAUUAUUGAAAAAAUAUUGUCACACAUGUCACUCAAGGAUGCGGUCAGGACAAGUGUCUUAUCGAGUAAAUGGAGAUACAAAUGGGUUACUCUUCCAAACCUUAUAUUUGACACUGACGGUCUUUCAGUUUCGGCCCAAGAUCAUGCUGUGAUAAAAAGCAAGAUAGUGAGCAUUGUUGACCAUGUCUUGUUGCUUCAUAUGGGACCCAUACACAAAUUCAAGCUCUCUCACCGAGACCUUCAAAAUGUCCUGGAUAUUGAUAAAUGGAUUCUGUUUCUUUCGAGAGGUUCUAUCAAGGAAUUUAUACUUGAAAUUUGGAAGGGUCAUCGCUAUAGACUCCCUUCUGCUAUCUAUCUCUGCCAAAAAUUGGUACACUUGGAACUGUUCAAUUGUCUUUUAAUACCACCCAGGACGUUUCGUGGCUUUAAAUGCUUGAAGAGCCUUGAUCUUCAGCACAUUACCAUGGAACAAGAAGCAUUUGAGCAUCUCAUCUCUAGUUGCUCUUUACUUGAGCGAUUGACAUUGAUGAACUUUGAUGGUUUUACUCGUCUUAAAAUCCAUGCUCCUAAUCUCCUGUUCUUUGACGUUGGGGGUGUUUUCGAUGAUUUGAGUUUCAAGGAUACCUCCCAUCUCGCCACCGUCUCAAUCGGUUUAUAUGCUGGAUAUGAUAACCAAAAUCUAGGUCUUGCCAGUAGCGGAAAUUUGGUCAAGUUCUUUGCUAAUUUGCCUCGAAUACAAAGGCUUGAAGUGCAGAGCUACUUCCUGAAGUAUUUGGCUGCCGGUAUGGUGCCAGGAAAACUAUCUACUCCUUGCAACGAGCUUAGUUAUCUUUCACUACGCAUUAAUUUCAAUAACUUGGAUGAGUGUCUAGCAGCUCUGUGCCUUCUCAGAAGUUCCCCUAACCUACGGGAGCUUGAAAUUGGGGCUCGCACAGAAGAACAGAAUACUAUGAGAACAAUUGCGAAUAUCAUGGAAGAGAAGUAUCAGAAUUUCAAGUUUGACCGGCUUCGCAUUGUGAAGGUUUCUGCCAUCUCGGGUUUCAGACAAGAGCUAAACUUCAUCAAGUUUCUGCUUGGGAGUUCACCAGUUCUUGAGAGCAUGACUAUCAAGCCUGCAUCCAUUGAUGGAGCAUGGGAGAUGCUCAAAGAACUGCUCCGCUACCGGCGUGCCUCCGUGCAGGCUGAAAUAAUCUACCUGGAUCCAUAGACUUCUCAAAUGUCAACAACGUAACGCCUCCACUGAAGUUCGAUCUCAUGACCUCCCAUAUGAAAAAGAUCACUACAUGUCAUCUGAACAUAAUGUGCUUGAUGAUAAGAUUUGUCUAUGAUUUGAAAUGCAUUGUAUUAAAAAUCAUUUGUGACGUAACGUGUUGUGUUGUGAUUGAUUGGUUGUUUAAUUAACGAGUCUUAUGACUCAAUUAGUGAUAACGCGGCCAUGUCUAGUAAUGUUUUUACU